AUGUUUACCUCUUCACUCACGAUUCGUCAUUUAUUCGUUGGAUUCAAUACUAAGCAAUUACUUAUUCAAAUUCGGUAUCAAAGUGGAGUGAAUAUUGCAAGAGCAUCCAAGGAUGUUGAUCAAUCACAAUCGAAUGAGAAUGAACAAGAAUUAGGAGCGUUUCAACAGUUCGAUAUCAGUGCUCAAACACAACAACGAUUACAAGAUCGCAAUGUUCGAUACUUAUUUCCGGUUCAAUCUCGUUCAUAUAACGAUAUCAUAUCUGGAAAGGACUGUAUUGUUCAAGCACGUACUGGGACAGGAAAAACAUUGGCAUUUAGUCUUCCAAUCGUUGAACGACUUCAGCGUGAAAUAUCCAGAGAGCGAGGUCGUUUUCCUCGUUGUUUAGUUUUGGAACCAACACGUGAACUUGCUAAACAAGUGACGAAUGAUUUCCUUUCGAUCAAAUCUCGUCUUCUUUCAAUUUCCACACUCUAUGGUGGAAAAGAAUAUUCAAAACAAGAACUGUCAUUACAGCGAGGCUCAGAUGUCGUUGUCGGAACUCCUGGACGAAUCAAAGAUUUUCUCAAUCAAAAGAAAUUGAACCUUCAACAAUGUGAAAUCGUAGUUCUGGAUGAAGUUGAUCGAAUGCUCGAUAUGGGAUUUCAACACGAUGUUGAUUAUAUUAUUCGAAGUAUUCCUCGGUCACAAAUGAUUGUCUUUUCUGCAACCAUACCGUUAUGGUUGAAAAAGAGUGUGGCACGCUAUAUGUCACCGACAAACAAAUCAUUUAUCAAUCUCAUUGGUGAUGAACAACAGAAGACUGCAAUGAAUGUUCAACAUUUAUCGUAUCGAUUGAAUAAUCUCUCGGGAAGACCGGCAACUGUCUUGAAAUUAUUGGAAAAGUAUUCGAAAGACAUUGGUCAAAGUCAAGCGAUCGUAUUUUGUCAAACCAAACGCGAAUGCGAUCAACUAGCACAAUCAGACGCGAUGAGAUCAAUAUCUGCCGAUGUUCUUCAUGGUGAUCUUUCACAAAGAAGACGAGAACAAGUGUUACAAAGUUUUCGACAAGAUAUUCCACAAGUUGAUUUAGUUAUUCUCACAUCACCACCACAGGAUUGGGAAUCGUAUGUUCAUCGAUCGGGUCGAACCGGAAGAGCUGGAAGACAAGGAGUGGCCAUUUGUAUGUUCAGCGACGAUCAAAGUAAACAACUGAAACUUGUUCAACAGAAUGCGAAUAUUCAUUUCUCCAACAUAUCUGGCGAACCAUCGAAUGGUUCUGAAGAGCGACAACGACGACUGAGAAGACAAAUGAUCAACUAG